UAUGCGUAUAAGCAUCCUGUCCUACCUUUAAAUCGAAUACCUUCGAAAUAACCAGGUGACAUUACUACGACUGUUGUCUUUCAUUGUUGUGACGGGAAUAGUUUUGAAGUGUGAAAUGACUUUCUUUAUUUGAUUUCAAUGAAUUAGUUAACAGUAUAGCUGGAUAAUGUUGGAGAGAAUACCUAAUGUUUACAAGAAAUAAUAUUUCUAUCCGAAUGAACAGUAAAUUGUUGAAAAUGUCCCUACAGUCAAUUCUUAAAUGAUUUAUCUAAGGGAAUAUAUUUACAAAGAUUGCUAAGUCAUCACAAAAUACAUUAAUGCAUUAUAUUCUAUAUAUGCCUUACAAAUGGAUAAAAUAAAUUCUUGUACUAGGCAUAUAAAUUUAAGAAAUCUUCUUUUCUCAAUAUUAUACUUGUCAAUAGCCGCACUGAAUUUUUUAGACAGUUUUUAUAUAACGUGUGAAAACCCGAUACAACUUAUUAACUCUGAUACACUUCCUCGUGAAACAAAUGAAAAUAACACUUUUCAUCAGAAGCAGAAAAUCAUCCUAACCAAUAACUUUCAAUGCGAACACAUACUGAUCACAUAUUGUACAGAGAUAUUCGGCAGUCUUAUCAACUUUGUUGCAGCUAGUUUAUAUUUUACUACAAAUCUGCAUAGUUUAUUAAUAUUUAGUAAUUCAAAGCAGCAGCAGAAGAAGCUGAAAUCAUGUCCAUUUCCAAGCCGUUAUCUCUCUACUGAUGAUCGAAUCUCUUCACAUGCAUACUUUGAAUUUUCAAGUUUACUGGCUGUUGUGGCUGGCAUCUCUGGUUGUCUAAUGAUAAUGACAACAACAGGUUUGAGAACUUAUAAAGUGUUCAUUUCUGAUACGAGUAAAAGUACUGCGUUUGUUUCAAACUCGAACGCUACUCAAUGGUAUGUGGAUUCAACAAUGGAGAGACUCAAGCAUACAAGCCGAAUACUUUUGAUUUUUGGAUUAUUUGUGAUAAAUAUUUAUGGAUUGUGUUUGUCUACUGGAUAUCCAUGCAAAUGGAAUAAGCUACAGCCUAAUGAGCAGCUUGUUGAGAAGAAUAGUUUCACAGACUCAUUGGUCAAUACAAGAAAAGAUAUACUAUUUUGUUCUCAUUUGACCCGUUUGAUCUCAUUAUUAUCUUCUAUAUUAAUAAUUUCUGGUGGUCUUACUAUACUUGGAAGUGUUUUGGAAUCCGUUCAGUUAUCUUAUUUAUUUUCAAAUCUUUCUACUCCGGUAAGAUUAAAAGUAAGGGAGAUAUUUUGUUUCUUCAAUGGUAGUUCAAAUAUUAUCACCGGUUUAUUGUCUAUUAUUACACUACAAUGUUGUUCAAUUCCCCUGGAGAGUGUAUUCAGAAGAGAUCAUUCUGUGUCAAAACUAAAUAAUUUAAGUAGUACUAAACACAGUUUACAAUGUCCAACACAUUUAAUUGCACUUAUUUCAUGUUAUAUAUCUAUACCAGUACAGAUCAGUUGUUUUUUAAUUACUAAACUGGAUACUUUUGUAUUAAAAGUUAACAAAUCUAAUCACCAGUUGAAUAUUAAAAUAGAAAAUUCAUUAAAACUAUUUCAUCAGGGAUUUGCUUUAAAUUGUUUUUCCGGUUUAAUUUCACUUCCUUUACUGUUUUUAUUAUUGGCUUGCAUAUUAAUAGACUUAUAUGUACGUAACAAGCUUACAUUCCUGUCAAACAUUACAUCUACAAAUACUUUACAAAUUGACAAUCAUAAUUAUGAUUCGAGGAAGUGUUUGGAAAAUGAUAAACUGCAGUAUUUUUCACCUAAUAAAGACAAUAAUAAUAGUAAUAUUAAUAAUAAUCAGAAUUGUCAAACAAGAGUAUCUUGUACACAUUAUUUACAUUUACCGCUUCAACGAAAUUUAAGACCAUUUAGUGAAAAUGAUACAGUAAAACUUAGAAAUUGUACAAAUGGUGGAUUAAAUCAAAAAUUAUUAUUAUUAUCACCAUCAUCACCGUUAUGUUCUUAUCCUGAAGAUCGAUAUUGUACAAGAUCAUCAGUUAUGCCGAAUUUCGAUAACAAUGAAAAUAGAUGUAUGCCUUAUAGAACAUCAUGCAUCCAACCAUCAAACAGUUUAAAUCCAGCUUAUCUUGAACUUGAUUCAAUUCGUCAAGACAAUUCAACAGUUAAAGCAAUUAAAAGCAAUGAAAUAAAUUUGAAUCCAAAUUAUUUAAGUCAAGUUGUCUAUCGUUGUUCACCGGAUACUCCUCACUUGAUAUAUCAUUCAUUCAAUGAGCAACAGCAGUUUGCACAUAGAUAUCCUACAGAAGCAUGUGAAUAUAUGAGUUGUGAUUUACAACAACAACAACAACCCUUGGUUACAUUAAUUCAUCCUGAGGUUAACAAAGAAAUUCAUAAUUUCAGUAAUUUAACAACCAGUGAAUUACUAAAACUGUUUACUGAUACAACAGGUGAGGAUUUUAUUACGUCAGUUUAAACAAAAUACGUUACUGUCUUGUAAAUUCACUAAAAUAUACAACGUAUAAGCUAGAAUUCGGCUUUUAUCCAUUUAUUGCAUGCCAAGUGUAUAAUAAUAGGGAAUAUUUGUCAUUCAUUUCUACAUAUAUUUGCUGUGCUUUUUGUUACUUUGCGAAUAAAGAAUAUUUUCC